AUGUCAUUUUUAAACAAGUUCAAGAAGGAGUUUGAAGGACUCAAUUUGAGUGAGCGUCUAGGGCAGCAGCAGGGAGGCACUUCCCCAGCACCUGAUGGGCAUGGGACCAAUUCUUACCAAGGACAGCAAACUUAUCAGGGAAAUGCGCCAUCUCCUUACUCUCCACCUCAACAGCCAUACAAUCCUGGACAAACGCAGCAGAACCCAGGCUUUCAAGCAUACACUGGUCCUCCCUACAAUGGACAUUCGUCAUUCAGCGGACAGCAGCCAUAUCAGCCACCGCCACAGCAUCAACAGUACCCCAGCCACCAACAUCACACUCCUCAACCACCUACAUACACUUCAUCUCCCCAAAUUCAGCAACAACCACAGCAACAACCAUGGUCCCCUCCACCACCAAGCGUCCACCAGGUCCAAUCCCCUCCAGCAGCUGUUAGUCCUUACGGUGCUCCUCCAAGCGCGCCCCCAUGCCCAACACCACCUCGCUGGAUUCCUCAUUGGUCAGAGAGGGAUCAACAAUGGUACUACGUUGAAACUUCAGGCAGAAGCUCAUGGCAAGCGCCAGCUGAAUUCCCACCACUGGCUGCUAUGCCGGCUUUUCCAGGCAGCUUAAAUGUUAUCAGCAAAGCGCCAGGACAAGGUUUGGCUCAUCCCCAACAGCCACAAUAUGCAAACCCUCAAGAUUCACGACCAACAUUACCAGAAGGCGGCAGCAAAAAGUCCUCUUUCCUUGCGGCAGCUGGUGGUUUUACCGCAGGUGGCGUCGCUGGGUUUUUUGUCAAGGACCGCAUUGAUAAGCGCAAAGCAAAGAAGCGCCACGGUCGCGACGCAGAAGACUUUGCAGAUUUUGUCGAGUAUCCCGCCCGGAUUGUCGAUCUCGCUUGUAACGUCUGUGAUCAAGACAUAAGCGGCCCCUACGCGCACUGUGAGAAGUGCGACGGCGGCGACUACGAUAUUUGCCGCGAUUGUCUUGCGCAGGGACAGACAUGUGAUGGCAAAGGGAAGCAUAGCCUCGUCAAGGUGUAUCCCAAGUAUUACUGUGAUAUCUGCAACGUCUUGAUCAAGGGCGAGUUUUAUUACUGCGCUAAAUGCAAUGAUGGAGAUUGGGAUACGUGCAAGGGGUGUUUUGAUAAGGGCUAUACGUGUAAAGCGGCCGAGUGUGGAGGACAUCAUGACAUGUCGAAGCUAUUUAUUCCCGAGGUCAAGUUCAAGAAGAAUGGGAGGGUAGAUACAAGUAGCAGUUCAGACUCUGAUUAG